AUGCGGUCCUUCGCCCCGGGUGUGCCCUGUUGCUUGCGCGUGGUGUCACUGGGCACCGGCGCGAGCUCGUCGGACCGCGACGCAAAGGCUUUCAGCUCGGAGGGAGGACAAGACAGGUCACGGAGCCGCUCGCGGAACCAGUCGUGGGACCGCUCGCGGAGCCGCUCACGGAGCCGCUCACGCAGCUGCUCCAGAUCAUCCCCGCCAUUGGUGCCCCCGGCCACCAAGGACAAGGGCCAGCAGCAGCAGAAGAUGGCCAAGAAGAAGCCCAACGGCGGCACAAAGAAAUCUGAGCUCCUGAGAGUACGCCGGAGACGCAAGGCCAGCGACGAGGCCGAGCCCCUGAAAAUCUACCUGGAGGGACACCAGAUCCCGGAAGUGACGCAAUGCAGAAUACUGGGGAUGUGGGUGCAAACAAACCAGCGUUGCACAUACGCCCUGGCACUAACCAAGACUGCAGUCAACCAAGUGGCCAGAAUGAUAAACCGGGUGUCGAAAAGAAGAUAUGGCAUGAAGGAGGCAGACACACUCAAGCUGAUAAAAAGCCUGGUAGUCAGCAGAGUGGUGUACAGCCUACUGUACUACAACUGUGUCAAAAGCGAAAUCCAGCAAAUCGAUACCAUCCUAAGGAAAGCACUCAAGACGGCGCUUCAAAUACCCCAAACAGCGUCGACCGAGAAGCUGCUAGCCCUAGGGCUGCACAACAGCUUUGAGGAACUGCAAGAAGCCCAAAGGAUCGCACAAUUCCAAAGACUACAGCAAACUGAAACCGGUAGAAGACUUCUAGUCAGGUACGGCGGCGAAUCAACCCUACGAGAAGUACAAGAUAACAUGACGAUCCCGGACGAGUACCGCAGUACCAUCAGGGUAGCACCAAUACCCAGAAAUAUGGACCCGAACCUGCACAAGGCACGCAGGGAGGCGAGGGCAGAGUACGUGCAAAGGACACUGGCCACCCGGAACGAAACGGUGUAUGUUGACGCCGCAACAUACGCCGGCAAAGGAGAAGGCAAUAAGCAUAAAGUGGCGACGGUGAUUGGCCCGGACCUCAGGGAAAUCACCAGCGCGUCAAUACGAAACUGCACGGUAGCUGAAGCCGAGGAAGCGGCCGUAGCUCUAGCGGCAGUGGAGGGCUAUCGACUAGGCAAAUCCCUAACGAUUCUAACAGACUCGCAAACAGCAUGCCGGAAUUACAUGAAUGGCAGGAUCAGCCGCAAAGUGCUGAACAUUCUCCGCUCUAACGGCCGACCCACAGACAAGCAAAGCAAACACGCGAUAGUUUGGAUACCGGGACACAUGAGUGUCGAGGGAAAUCUGGAGGCAGAUAGGAUAGCUCGAGGGCGGCCAGAGGAUGUAGUGCCUCUUCGUGCCGUGUCGCUCGAUCCCAAUGGCGACUUUGAGUCGACAAGCGCAGAGCGCAGGGGCCUGCCCCCGAAUUCUGCGCGCGACGCGGUUCGUGCCGUGCUUCUUGUUCCCAAAGGGGAGUCUUAG